CGACACUUUUCUUUGCAUUUCUGCAGACGCUAUUACUUCCGUGUCAGAAGCUUUGGCUGAAAUCUGCUGUCACUGGAGGAUUCAUUGACUUGCUAGAUGCUGACUGGGUUCCACUUUACUGCCGGUGUGGGUGUGCGAGGGUGUGAAAGUGUGAGUGUUGCAGAGAGUUGAGGUCUUGUUCGAUUCCCAGAAAUCGGGCCGUUUCUCUCUUUCUCAGAGAGUGUGCGGGAAGGAUGGCUGAUGGUAAGAGACACUGGAACAAGGAGGAUGAUCUCCCGGUGUACCUGGCUAGACCGGGUACCACGGCUCAAACCCCCCGGCAGAAAUACGGAGGCAUGUUCUGCACCGUGGAAGGUGCGUAUGAGAGUAAGACAAUAGAUUUCGAUGCCUACAGCGUGGGGCGACGCAGCUCCAAGGCAUCCAGGAGCUCCAGUCGGCAUGACAUCCUGUCCCCGGAAUCGGACAGACUGAGCGAAACAGCCAGCGACAUCAGCGAGAUCUCCGGCUCGGUCAUCAGCUCUCCCAGCGAGAGGGAGGAGAGGGGCCCGCUGGAGAUCAAAGCUGCGACGGGCAAGGAGCUGCUGCAGGGCUGGGAACAAGGCAAGAGUGAUCAAAUUCUUAUUAAAGGUGGAAGGAUCAUCAAUGAAGACCGGUCCUUCUAUGCUGAUAUUUAUCUAGAGGAUGGAAUCAUAAGAGAAAUAGGGGACAAUCUAAAUGUUCCUUCUGGUGUGAAAACCAUCGAGGCAAAUGGCAGGAUGGUUAUCCCAGGAGGGAUCGACGCAAACACCUAUUUGCUGAAACCCCAUAUGAGCACCACUAGUGUAGAUGACUUCUUUCAAGGAACAAAGGCAGCCCUGGCAGGAGGAACCACAAUGAUAAUUGACCAUGUUGUACCAGAGAAGAAUGCUACUUUGCUAACUGCCUUUGAAAAAUGGCAUGAAGCAGCUGAUAACCGUUCCUGCUGUGACUACUCCCUGCAUGUGGAUAUUCCUCAGUGGAAUGAAGGAAUUAAGGAAGAGUUGGAGAUCCUGGUACAAGAGAAAGAUAUCAAUUCAUUUCAAGUCUACAUGGCGUACAAGGAUUUGUUCCAGCUGACAGACAGUGAGCUUUAUGAGGCUUUUACUUUCCUGAAGGACCUGGGUACUGUCAUCAUGCUCCAUGCAGAAAAUGGCGAGUUGAUUGCUGAGGAGCAGAAGCGAAUCCUGGCAAUGGGAAUAACAGGACCAGAAGGUCACGUAUUAAGCAGGCCAGAAGAGCUGGAGGCAGAGGCUGUUUACCGCGCUAUCACUAUUGCCAAUCGGAUCAACUGUCCCUUGUACAUCACCAAGGUGAUGAGUAAGAGCGCAGCGGAUGUCAUUGCUCAAGCCAGGAAAAAAGGAGCUGUAGUUUUUGGAGAGCCAAUCACUGCAAGCCUUGGGACAGACGGAACACAUUAUUGGAGCAGAAAUUGGGCCAAGGCUGCGGCCUUUGUUGCAUCACCACCACUGAGUCCUGACCCCACAACACCUGACCACCUGAGUUCACUAUUAGCCUGUGGAGAUCUGCAGGUUACGGGAAGUGGCCACAGUACUUUUACCACUGCUCAGAAAGCCAUUGGAAAAGAUAACUUCUGCUUGAUUCCUGAAGGCACCAAUGGCAUUGAAGAAAGAAUGAGCAUUAUCUGGGAGAAAGCUGUGGCCACAGGUAAAAUGGAUGAGAAUCAAUUUGUUGCUGUCACCAGCACCAAUGCUGCCAAAAUCUUUAACCUAUAUCCAAGGAAGGGAAGGAUAGCUGUGGGAUCUGAUGCUGACCUCGUCAUUUGGGACCCAGACACUGUUAAAACAAUCUCUGCCAAAACACAUCGCUCGGCUGUGGAAUACAAUAUUUUUGAGGGUAUGGAGUGCCGUGGUGCUCCGCUGGUGGUCAUCAGUCAAGGGAAUAUUGUCCUGGAAGAUGGGAAUCUGUACGUAAAUCAGGGAACAGGUCGCUUCAUCCCCCGUAAACCAUUCCCUGAAUAUAUCUACCAGCGUAUUAAGAUCCGCAACAAGUCAACGGAAUUGCAUCCAGUGUCUCGAGGGAUGUAUGAUGGCCCAGUGUAUGAACUCCCGGUUACUCCCAAGUAUGCCACCCCAGCUCCUUCAACCAAGUCGUCCCCUACGAAAACACAUCCCCCACCGGUGCGGAACCUGCAUCAGUCUGGGUUUAGUCUAUCAGGUGCCCAGUUUGAUGACAACAUUCCACGUCGAUCUGGACAUCGUAUCGUCAAUCCGCCUGGUGGCCGUUCUAACAUCACCAGCUUAGGGUGACCAAGACUAGAAGGUGGAGCUGCUGGUGGCUGAUACAGGCAGUUUAUCUACCUACAAGGUUAUUAGUGUUAUUAAAACCAGCUUACUCUGGUACUUCAGCAAAAGAAAUGGAACAAAGUGUGCGUAUGUAUGUGUGUGUGUGUUUGUCCUAUAGAAUGAGGUGAAUUAUGUGAUGUAUUUUUGCUUGGAGUUGGCCACCACACAGUUGUGUUUCACGCCACUUAGCAUGCUGCUUUCACUAGCAUUGCCCUUAAUGAUGCGGUUUAGAGAUGCUCCUUGUAAUUUAAUAAGGAUUCUUUGCACAUUUUAGCUGUUAUAGUAUGUUAGUGCAUGAUCCUAAGAGAUGCAAUUUCUGUGUUGUGUAAUGAAUGAUUAAAAACUCUUUUGAAAAAAAACUGCCAAGAACUUAGCCAGAAGUCUUAGCUAAACUGGUGUGGAAGUAUGGCACAAUACUUUUUGAAUUGCCAGGAAAAAUACAAUCAAUCAGAAGUAGGAAGACUGAAAAGUUUCUAUAAAUGUGCAAAGCAUUGCUCUCUCACUGGCUUCAGUUAUAAUCAGUCUUAGCAUAGAUAUUGAAUUGAAACAUACACUUGAGUUAGUUAUACAGUUAUAGUUACCUCACAGUGUUAACAGAGUGAAAUUGACAGAAAACCCCAAAUCAUUUUGGAGUUUAUGUAGUGAUUUUGGCUUGUAAUCAUGAACUGUGUUUCAUGCUUCUUUGGUUUGCUGUUAAGCUUUACCAUUUCUUGUCAUUUUUCAUCAAGAGCAAAAGGCUUAAGAAUGGGAGUUUUAGCAAAACAAAACUGAGUUGUUUUAUUUGAAUUGAUGUGUUAGUGCAAGAAAUGUCCCACAAAUGAAGGGUGGCAACUACUAAAUACCAUCAUGGAUUUGAGCUACCUUUGUCUUAAGCUACUGUGACAUUUUUUUUUUAACUUUUUGAUACCGAUGCAUCCUUUGUAUUCAUACACAUUUGUACUUAAUAUUCCAAACUGAAUACUCUGGUGUUGUGACUCUACACUUGAGCCUGAAGGCUGUGAAUAAAUGAUGCCUCAAA